CUAGACCAAACGCCCACUUGUCAAUUAUUCUCGUAAAUAGUAGUUAAAUUGUCAACAUUAAAUCUUAAUAUAGAUCUUACAAUAAAUUUUGUUUCGCUGGUAGACAACAAUUUCAUGACCACUGAAGAUAAUUGCUUACUCAUGAUGCUUCUCCUACUCAAUGCCUUUACACUUUGAUUUUAGAUUGUAGGGACAUGCAGCAGCACUUUGAUCACAUUGAACCCUCCCAUGUUGUUAGGGAGUCUAAGAUGUAUGCAGAUCAAAUUGCCCAGAUGGGUGGCUCUAUUUUUGAUCCGUUUGUUAUCUGUGAGGAUUGUCCCUCCUCUGUUGCUUAUUUUUGUAUGGAUGAUGCCUAUAGGAUUUUCUUUGUUAGACCCCCCGAUGUUGCAUUCCUUGUUUCUUGAAUCAAUUUCUUUAUUUA